UUAGUUUAGUUAUAGGGGGGAAAUGGUGGGUUGGACAAGAGUUAUAAAAACCAAGGAGGUAUGCUUUUGCUGACUGGGGUUUCAGUAUCACUUUCUUUUAUUUUCUACUAUUUUAAACAUACUCGAUUCCUUUGAAUCAACAUAUACAUUCGUUCAAUUAUUCUUUUUUCCUCUCUCCUACUUAUUUACCAUCAGCCUGAGAUACCCAGCAUAUAAAACACUAUCUCGCUCACUCACCACACCAUAUACCCAAUUACCUCCAUCACCACAUCCCAAACAAAGUAAUAAAUCAAAAUGGGCGAAGGUCAAGAAUGGUCCUCCGGUUUCUGGGACUGCUGCUCCCCCUGCGGCACCUGCUUCCUAGGCUUCUGCUGUCCUUGCUGCCUGCACGGCCGCACCAGCUCUCGUCUCGAAGACCCCACCCUGAAAGAUGAUAGCAUGAUGAACGGUGGUUGCUGCGUCUACUUCCUCCUCAGCUACUGCGGCUUCCACUUCAUCCCACUGAUGAUGAAGCGCGGCCAAAUUCGAGAGAGAUUCGGCCUGGAGGGGUCCGGAUGCGGGGACUGUAUGCGGGCGUGCUGCUGCCCGUGCUGCACGCUCAUGCAGCAUGAGAAGGAGUUGGAGAGUCGGGCGGCGUUGUUGGAGGGCGGUGCUGGUGCUGCUGGGCAGCAGGGGUAUAAGGCUCCUGGGGGGAUGCAGUAUGCUUAAUCUUCAAGUUCUGAUUAAUCCUUGGGUGAUUGUGUCGUCAAAGACAUUGAUUGGGAUUGGGAUUUGGAGUUGUUGGUGUUUUGUUUCCCUGUUUUUUUAUUUCUCUAAAGUGAACAUAUAUGUAUGGUGAUAUGAUAAACUGGCUGGUGUUGUCUCCUACGGUGUAACGAUGCAAAA